UUUAUUAUCUAUUUCUUUGCAUUCGCAAUAUUGCUACCUUCGCAGCAGGGUUAUAUAAAUCUAAAUCAGCAAUAUCAAAUUCUUACUCUGUAUGAUUUUCCACGUUUGUUUAAAAAAAACAAUGAAAAUUUAACGAUUAAUUCUAAGUCGUGACAUAUUCAUUAAUAAUUGAUAAAAGUAAAAACAAAGUUGUAGUAAAUAUAUCUUUUGCAACACGAAUCACAAAAAAAUGAUAUGCAAAAUCACACGCAAGAGGUUACAAGAAAAUUAGCAAGUCGUUAAAACACAAACAUUACUCGUACAAUAAAUCCGCCAUUAUGAAUAGAUUCACACCAGAUCAAAUUCGUGAAUACAACGAUGCGUUUUGUUUAUUGGACUCCCAAAACAAAGGAUUCAUUUUAAGCACUCAACUUCGCGAUAUGUUAAAAACAAUUGGUUAUAAUCCGACAGAUAAAGAUUUGGAGAAUCUUACUAUUGUUAUCGACGCCGACGGCAAUGGCGAAAUUGAAUUUCAUGAAUUUAUGGAUCUUAUUGAUAAUUUGGAAACAGACAAAAAGAAUACAGAGGAAGCACGAAUUGCAUUUAACGCGUUUGAUUUCAUGGGAGAGGGGUUCAUUGCAGCUAAUGAUAUAAAGCAAGCUUUAGUUCAUAUAAUGGAAAAAGCUGAUGAGAAAGAUCUUCAAGACGUUAUUAAACAUUUCAAGCUGGAAAAAAAUCGAAAAAUUGGAUUUCAAGAAUUCAAAGAUAUGAUGACUUUGCCAAACACAGAACGCUAAGGAACGUUCUUAUGACAACAAAAGUAUUAUCAAACGAGAGAAAAAACUUUACUAACAAUGCCUGUUCAUACGAGUUGAGAUAUCUGAACAUUUUAAAUAAAUAUUUUACCUGAAAA